GAGAGAGAGGGAGGACGAGAGUGUGAAAGUGAGGCAGGCAGUUGCAGUAGUUGGAAGCGAGAGCGAGAAAGAGAAACAUGCCCAGAGAAUUGAGUCUGGCAUCGUGAAUCCUUUUUUGAGAAAAGUUGUUUUGAAAAGUGCUCGUUUGUUUGACUGACGCAUCAAAGGGCCUUCAUGUGUGUGCAUCCGUCUGUCCUGCACCACCUGCGCUACAGUCGAAGGCCGUUCGAGCAGCCACAUUAUUACGCAAGGUGCUAUGCUGGAGCUGGGAGCUGCCGUUCCGGUGCACCCAUAGCCAAGCAGAGACGGGAGGAAGGAGGGUGCUGUGGUUCGGAACCUCGUCAGCCCGGCUCUGCUUCACCGACGACCGGAUGGGGGUUCUGGUGUGCUGCGACUGCUUCUUCUAUAGUUACUUGCUGCAAAGUCCGAGUGAAAAUGAGAAGGUUCUUGGCUGCUGCUGUUAAAACAGCUUCGUUCGGUCCAGGAGCUGGAGCUGGUGUUUGGAGAGAGGAGGCUUGAGGACAGGAGAUGGGCGGGAGGAAGUCGAAGGCGAAGCCAAAUGGAAAGAAGCCUCCGGCAGAAGAGAAGAAGCAGUACUUGGAGACAGAGUUCACGAAAAUCCGUGUGGUGGACUUUGACCUCAAGGAGCUGGUGGUGCUGCCCAGAGAGAUAGACCUCAACGAAUGGCUAGCCAGCAACACGACAACUUUCUUCAACCUUAUCAACCUGCAGUACAGCACCAUCUCAGAGUUCUGCACUGGGGACACCUGUCAAGCCAUGACGGCCUGCAACACAAUAUACUACUGGUAUGACGAGAGGGGGAAGAAGACGAAGUGCACUGCUCCACAAUAUGUCGACUUCGUAAUGAGUCUUUGUCAGAAACUGGUCACAGACGAGGAAAUCUUUCCUACAAAAUAUGGCAAAGAGUUCCCCAACUCCUUUGAGUCCUUGGUGAAGAAGAUCUGCCGGUACCUGUACCACGUGCUGGCUCACCUCUACUGGGCGCACUUUAAAGAGACGGUGGCUCUGGACCUGCAGGGCCACUUGAACACUCUGUAUGCACAUUUCAUCGUUUUCGUAAGGGAAUUCAACCUGGUCGACCCCAAGGAGACCUGUAUCAUGGACGACCUGUCCGAAAUCCUCUGUGCGCCCGCCCCGCCGCCUGCGCCCGCCCCGGCCCCCUCCAGCCCGACCUCAACGCCCUCCCCUUCCUCACAAAACCACGUGACGGAGAGAUGAGCAGGGAGGGCGCGGCGGUGAGACGACAGCCCCGGGGUGAUAGAAGAUAGAGGAGAGAAGGAAAAAAACAGUCUGGCCCCCUUCCUCGGUGCCAGCAGGACUUAAGAGACCUUCCACUACCCUUAUAUUUCGCUAUGACAUCAACCAACCAGCCGCACGGAAGGGGGGAGGGUU